AUGGUGUUUUCUUCUGUCCACGAAGUUGACCCUUGGAAUAGUUGCCUGAACACUCCUUUGCAAGAAGAGGAUAAAGAAAUCUAUGAUAUAAUUCAAAAGGAAAAGUACAGACAGUUUUCCGGUUUAGAACUCAUCGCCUCGGAGAAUUUUACUUCUCUCGCGGUGAUGGAGGCGAACGGGUCGCCACUAACAAAUAAAUAUUCUGAAGGUCUCCCGGGCGCCCGUUAUUAUGGAGGCAAUGAAUAUAUCGAUCAAGUCGAAAAUCUAUGUCGUCAGAGGGCUUUACAUGCGUUUCAUCUGAAUCCCGAAGAAUGGGGAGUCAAUGUUCAAUCCUACUCCGGAAGUACGGCUAAUUUCUCUGCGUUAACGGCUUUAAUUAACCCUCAUGAUCGUUUGAUGGGGUUGGAUUUACCAUCGGGCGGGCACCUAACACAUGGAUGGCAAACUUCAAAGAAAAAAAUAUCGACUUCUUCGAUAUACUUUGAAUCCAUGCCAUAUCAAGUUAGCAAGGAGACAGGAAUU